GAGAGUAGUAUCUCGACUAAAAUGAGUGGAAGAGGUAAAACCGGAGGAAAAGCCCGCGCCAAGGCCAAGACCCGCUCCUCCAGGGCGGGCCUGCAGUUCCCAGUCGGCCGUGUUCACAGGCUUCUUCGCAAGGGUAACUAUGCAGAGCGCGUUGGUGCUGGAGCUCCAGUGUAUCUGGCUGCUGUGCUCGAGUAUCUGACCGCUGAAAUUCUGGAGUUGGCUGGAAACGCCGCUCGGGACAACAAGAAGACCCGUAUUAUCCCCCGACAUCUGCAGUUGGCGGUGCGCAACGAUGAAGAGCUGAACAAACUUUUGGGCGGUGUGACCAUCGCUCAGGGCGGUGUGCUGCCCAACAUCCAGGCCGUACUGCUGCCAAAGAAGACCGAGAAGGCCGCCAAGAAGUAAACUGGGUGAAGAUCGUUUCAAAACCAAAGGCUCUUUUAAGAGCCAUCCACUUACUACUUAAAGGGUGAUUACUUCUAGACUGUGCUGGUAUUUUGAAAAUAUAAAAUGGAAAUCCCAACUUAACAAGAAAAAUGUAUGAAAUACUUAAUAUCACACCUGUUUAAUGAAACGUUUGUAUUUUUUAUAUUUAGUAUAUCAAGUAUCUCAGUCCCUCGAGUUCACUGUAUAUAAGACGUUUACAACAGCCACAGGGUGACCAAACUGCUUUAGUUUGAAUUAGUUUAAAAUAACGCAAUUUAAAGUUAUUUUUAUUCAGUCGCACUGUUGUUAAUCUGAAUUAAAAACCCAACGUUAUAUAUUCUUUAUGUAAAGGAUUAAUGGAAAACUUUAAUUAUAUAGUGCAAAAAUUUAGGGUGUUUUUGAUAAUUUUCCAUUUUAUUCAUAC